AAACCUAAAGAAGAAGAAGUGGAACACAUGUGGGAUGCAGGAAGUUCCUGUCGGAGGUGUUUUUACGGUGCACACUAACUUCCGGGCAGAUGACUAGAUUCAGAAGGUGAAAGUGUCUGUUUGAGAUUUAAAUCUUUUAAGUUUUUCCAACGUUUUACACGGAGACCAGACCCAGAGACUGGUUCCUACUUCCACGAAGUACUCGAAGUUUGUUUUAGGGAACCCGGAGCCUCCGAGCGGCGGUUCGCCCACCAGCUCGCGACAUUAGCACGCGAGCUAACCGGCUAGCUCCGCGGCACCCCGGGCACAGGGAACCCCGGAGCUGGGCCCUCGUUACCGGAGCCUCGUUCCGUCGAAACGACAAGAACCACCCGUCCUCCUCCUCCCAGCCCCGGGGCCAUUACGGAGAAGAUUCCCCUUUCAUGCGUGCACUGGGGCGGGUUUGGACAUUUUAAUGGGAGGCGCCUCGCUCCGGACGAGUGGACACCGCGGGCGCCAGUUGCGAGGGGAGCCGGGGUCCGCGCCGCGCCGUGCCGGGCUCGGAUGGAGUCUCUGGCCGGCUACGUGUACAAGGCGGCCAGCGAGGGCCGCGUCUUGACCCUGGCCGCGCUGCUCCACAACCACCCGGAUGCCGAGGUGCGCUACCUGCUGGGCCACGUCACGCAGGUGGCCGGGCAGAGGUCCACGCCGCUGAUUAUCGCGGCCCGCAACGGACACGACAAGGUGGUCCGGCUGCUGGUGGACCACUACAAGGUGGACACCGAGCAGACCGGCACGGUGCGCUUCGACGGCUAUGUCAUCGACGGGGCCACGGCGCUGUGGUGCGCGGCGGGGGCCGGUCACUUCGAGGUGGUGCGCCUUCUGCUGAGCCACCGUGCCAAUGUCAACCACACCACCAUCACAAACUCCACCCCUCUGCGCGCCGCCUGCUUCGAUGGCCGCCUGGACAUCGUGCACUACCUGGUGGAGCACCACGCUGACAUCCGCAUCACCAACAAGUACAACAACACCUGCCUGAUGAUCGCCGCCUACAAGGGCCACGCCGACGUGGUGGCCUUCCUGCUGGAGCAGGGGGCGGACCCCAAUGCCAAGGCCCACUGCGGCGCCACUGCCCUGCACUUCGCCGCCGAGGCGGGCCACCUGGAGAUCGUGAAGGAGCUUGUGCGCUGCCGGGCCAGCAUGGUGGUCAACGGGCACGGCAUGACGCCGCUGAAGGUGGCGGCGGAGAGCUGCAAGGCGGACGUGGUGGAGCUGCUGCUGGCGCACGCCGACUGCGACCCGUGCAGCCGCAUUGAGGCGCUGGAGCUGCUCGGCGCCUCGUUCGCUAACGACCGCGAGAACUACGACAUCCAGAGGACCUACCACUACCUGCACAUGGCCAUGGCGGAGCGCCACCGCGACCCGGAGCGUGUCCCCGCCAAGGAGCUGCCCCCCGCCAUCGAGGCGUACGGAGGCCGCGCCGAGUGCCAGACCCUCCGGGAGCUGGAGGCCAUCCGGGUGGACCGAGACGCCCUGCACAUGGAGGGCCUGAUGAUCCGGGAGCGGGUGCUGGGCUCGGACAACAUCGACGUGUCUCACCCAAUCAUCUACCGCGGCGCCGUCUACGCCGACAACAUGGAGUUUGAGCAGUGCAUCAAGCUGUGGCUGCACGCACUGCGGCUGCGACAAAAGGGCAACCGCAACACGCACAAGGACCUGCUGCGCUUCGCCCAGGUCUUCUCCCAGAUGGUGCACCUGAAGGAGGCGGUGCCGGCCUCCGCUGUGGAGCAGGUGCUGAGCUGCAGCGUGCUGGAGAUCCAGCGCAGCAUGGCACGUGUGGACACAGCGGCCGAGGCUGAGCAGCCGCAGGCUGUGGACAACUACGAGUCCAACGUCUUCACCUUCCUCUACCUGACUUGCAUCUCCACAAAGACGACCUGCGGCGAGGAGGCGCGCGCUCGCAUCAACAAGCACAUCUACGACCUGAUCCAGCUGGACCCGCGCUCCCGUGAGGGCUCCUCGCUGCUGCACCUGGCCAUCAGCUCCAGCACGCCGGUGGACGACUUCCACACCAACGACGUGUGCAGCUUCCCCAGCGCGCAGGUCACCAAGCUUCUGCUGGACUGCGGCGCCUCUGUUAACGCCACGGACCACGAGGGCAACACGCCGCUGCACGUCAUCGUGCAGUACAACCGGCCCAUCAGCGACUUCCUCACGCUGCAUGCCAUCAUCAUCAGCCUGGUGGAGGCCGGCGCCCACACCGACCGGACCAACAAGCAGAAGAAGACGCCGCUGGACAAGAGCACCACAGGCGUGUCGGAGAUCCUGCUGAAGACACAGAUGAAGAUGAGCCUCAAGUGCCUGGCGGCACGCGCCGUGCGCCGGCACCAUAUCUGCUACCGCGACCAGAUCCCCAAGACGCUGGAGGAGUUUGUGGAGUUCCACUGAGGACGCAUGCCGCCACGCUUUUUUUUAUCGUUUUCUAACAAAUCAAGUUUUUGAGCCUUUUUAUAAUAAUGCUUGGUUGCUUUUUUUUUAGUUUGAAUUUUACUUCGGAGAGACGCCAGAGAGCUGUUUCCUGUUUUGCCUUAUCUCUGUGAUGAUGGAGCCACAAUCUUACUGUGAUUCUGUCCCUGACACACACACACUAGCUUUCACUGGACUCAUCUGCUUCUCUGUAUUAAAUGGCAGAUAAUAACUGCGACUUGGUGUUCCUCCUCACAGAUCAAUAACCACGUCUUCCUCCUUUGAGCCUUGUGCACGUUGUUAAAAACACAGAGCAAAUAUUCCGUCAGAUACACUAUUGAGCUUUUAUUUUGAAAAACCUGUAUCUGAGCACGAAGCUAUGAUUGUUGAAAUCCUUUUCUUUUUUUAAAGUUUUAAUUAUUUGUCUUAAUAAGCAAUGAUGUCGUGGUCGUUUACAUCUGGAGAGAAAAAAACAUGAGCUUACAAGUUGAUGUGAUGGAAAUAGAACUUUCUUUUAAGUCUGUAUGAAGCUUUUUUUUUUCUUUUUUUUUUAACAAUUUAUUUUAAAUGAUGGACCUUAUUGGACUUAACUGUUUUAUUUAUUCACUGCGAGUGUCCUGUUUGAAUUUGGUUCUGCUCCAUUUUGUUCUUUUUACAUUUUAUUGUUUCUCUGUUUGCCUGAAAUGCCUCCUGAAAUAUGAUUUUUAAACCCAGAAAGAAAACAGAAAAUCGAAUGCCGAAGUCCAAAAAGCAGGAGCUUCUUUCUCUGUAGAUCCAGCGUGGAGGAUCAUCGGAGCGGAGCCUGGUUCUGCUCAUUCGUCUUCAGUAAACUUCUUAACUUGCUAUCUGCUUCUUCCUCAGCUCUUUGGAGUUCCUAGUGGCUCUGCAUCCUCUCUGGAGGGCUCCUUCUUAGGCCCAUUUAAACAGAGCUCCUCCUGGACCGUAAUAGGCCAAUCACAAGCUUAUUCUUAUGGUUUCUGUCCUGGUGGAGCUGGAAAUGUUUUAAUGUUUUUUUUUUUUUUUUUCUGUGGCUGAAAUGAAGCCAAAGAUUCUCUUCUGAGGGCGUCAGCUGUAAUGUACUUCCUGUGGAGUGAAUGCUGUCAAAUUAAAGGUCUGUCUGCAUCCUC